CUUCAGAAGGUAGUGGAAGAAAACUUGACUGAACAAGAGAAACUCUGUUUAAGACUUAAUAAGCUGGAGACAAGAACAUGCCAAAUUGUAAAUGGGGCAGUUGAUCAAGAAGCUUUAAAAGUCUUAGGUGCUUGUCACAGAAAAAUUGCAUGUAGAUGACACAGAUGAACAAGAAGUAUGGCGGGAACACCUGGCAAAACUCUACUUCCGACUUCUUGAGAUGAAAGGAGAAUUAGACAUUCUAAAAAAACAAGUUUCCAGCCUAAUGGCUAAUAGAGGCCAGUUUGCACUUGACAAUGAAGAGGAAGCUGAGAAUGAACCAGUAGAGGCUUUUAUUGAGAACAAAACUGUGGAACAACCAUCUACCAAGAUACAUGAGCAUGAUAAGGUGAUAACACUUCUUCAAUCAAGGGAAUUAUCUGCUCCAGAUAGAGUAGCUGAGCAACCAGACAAUCAAGUAAAUAUGUCUGAAGAGAAUUCUAUAGAUGUUCAUUCUCGGUUGGAUGGGUUGGAGCAGGAAGUGCUAGCACUCUCAAAGCAUGUUUCAGCCCUGAUGACAAAAAGUAGUCAUUUAAUAGUUGAAAGUGGAAAUGAGGAUAAUCAAUCUUUGAUUGCAAUUGAACAUACUUUACAUUUGCUUCAAGGAUAUAUUAAUAAACUGGAACAAAGGGUCGUGGAGCUACAAACAGUUCAUGAAAAGUACUUGCAGGAGCUUUGGUCAUGUGUUGAAGCUCUGCAGGAAACCAAAGCUGAAAAAGAAGACUUUACAACUACUUUACAGGAUAAAGCAGACAUAAUUACAUUGGAGAGAAAAGUUAGUAGAGCCACGUUUGAAAAGAGCUGUGAUGAACUAAAUUCUGAGCUUUGUAAAAUGAUGAAUCGACUAGCCUCUCUUGAAUUAGAUUGGCAAAAAUCAAUCACUGAGCUUGCUGGUGACUUGGAUAAGCAAACAAAAAAGAUUGAUCUAGAUUCACUUAAAACUUACGUAGAAAAAGAGAUAAAAGCUAUACAAAGAAACCUUAGUAAACUUGAAGUAUCAAGGAAUUUGUCUGAUGAUGCUGCCGGAACAAAAAAGCGACUGCUGAAAUGCAUCUCAUGUAGUAAACCACGUGCCUUAUGUGAAAACAGUGGUUGGACUUUUGCCGGUGGUCUUCCAUUCAACCAGUCAUCUUGUCCAUACCCUGUGUUUGGGACCAACAAGCAUCAGAAUCCACUUAAUACCAUGGAGACGACUAUAAUUGAAAAGGAAUUAACUCAGUUACAAAAACAACAUUCAUCAUCAGCUAACUUUUCUCAACCAACAGAGAUCUCGGGAUUUUCAUUCAGUGAAUUUCAAAACUCUUCCCAAGAUGUUGACCACAUGUUUUCUCACCCUGUUUUGAAUGAACAUUCACCUUCUGCUGUUUCCGUAGCUCAAGAAUCUGAAAGGGUAGUGUCUUGUAAUGACUGUUUUCACAGAGGCCGUAACUGUGGGGGCAAACAUACCGUGAUUAAUCCUUUUUCUCGCACCAAAAAAUCUGUUUUGCCAAGUUUUCUCACACCUCCACCUUACACACAAGAAACGGUACUUAAGGGAAAUGAUGGGCAUGUGUACAGGGGUACACUUCAAAAAAGUUUUCUUGAAAGAUCCCCAAACUGGGACCACUUGCUCAAUAUACAAUCUGGUAGACCCACCUCAUCUUCAUCCUAAAACCUGGUGUCGAGAGCUCAAAAGUAGGAAAAAUCAACAAAUAAUGGGAAGAUAGCCUAUGAUGAAAGAGCAGUCAAGUUUGGAACCAAUUGACACUGUGAAAAUUACUUUUUGUUACUGAAUUAAAAUUUAUAAAUAUACCAUCUUCUAAAAGGAAUGUUACUUGUUAAAUGUACCACAGAAAAAAUUAUUAUAAGCAGCAAACAUAUGACUAAAUUCUAAUAAUUCAAAUUGUUAUUGGUGAUACAAGUUUCUAGUUUUACUUAACCAAAAUUAAUGCCAGUUUUGUUAAUCAAAAUCACUCUGAUAUAUAACAAAUCCCAGUUUUUAUGUGGUAAGAUUCACAAUAAGACAACCCACAAGCUUAAGUGUGUGUCAGCUUAGGUCAAACAGUGGUUUCUUUGACUGGUAAAACAUUAGAUGUAAUAUGAAAGAACAGAGAAAAUGAAGAAAAGUAGCUUUGUUUAUCAUUUGAAAUUCUAUGUACAUUCAUUUAUUUAAAUUCAGAUGUGAACAACUGAUCACCUUUUCUUCUGGUUAAAGUCAAGUUCCUUUUGUAAAUAUUAA